AUGGCUAAGAGAAAAGGAGAGGAGACGGUCUCGCCCUGGUUCACGCAGCUGGAGGCUCACAGUCCCGGUUCAACAGCUGUGGAGGCCGCCGCACAUGCCGUCGCAUUGGCCCUGGAUCUUGGCCGUGACCGUAGGCCCGGACAGUCUCCAGAGAUCGGCGUUCUUUUAAGUCUACACCAUCAGAAUCUUAUUUACGACGAAAUCGACAUCAAACGUACGGCAAUCAUCCGGAACUGA